GUUUAUCUUUUUGACUCUUAUUUUGCUUUCUUCAUUGCUUUCCACUCCAUCAUUGAUGGCAUUGAGUCAUUGUUGAAGCAAAGAAAGCUGCAACUCCAUUCCUAUUCUUCCUAACAAAUUCCUGUUCGUCUUUCCAUUUCCCCUCAAUUCUUUCACUUCCUCUGCAGAUCGAGAAACAGACAUGGCCCUGGAGUUAGUUGGAGGAGCUUUUCUCUCCGCUUCUCUCCAAGUUCUUUUCGACAGGUUGGCUUCUUCUGAGGUCCUCUACUUCAUCAGGGGACAGAAGCUCAGUGAUUCACUCCUCAGCGAGUUGAAGAUCAAAUUGCUGAUUGUGGAUGCAGUGCUCAACCAUGCUGAGGUUAAGCAAUUCACGGACUCAGCAGUCAAAGAGUGGCUCCUGAAUGUUAAGGGUACUCUGUAUGAUGCGGAAGACCUACUGGACGAGAUUGCUACUGAAGCUCUGCGAUGCAAGAUGGAAGCUGAUGAUCACUCCCAGACUGGCUCAGCUCAGGUAUGGAACAGCAUCUCUACAUGGGUGAAGGCCCCACUUGCUAAUUAUCGAAGCAGCAUAGAGUCCAGGGUAAAGGAGAUGAUUGGCAAACUGGAAGUUCUUGAAAAAGCAAUAGAUAAACUUGGGCUGAAACCAGGCGAUGGUGAGAAACUGCCACCAAGAUCACCCUCGACUUCUCUGAUCGAUGAAUCUUGUGUGUUCGGCAGGAAUGAAAUCAAAGAGGAGAUGAUGACAAGGUUGUUGUCUGAUAAUGUAAGCACCAACAAGAUAGAUGUGAUCUCCAUAGUCGGCAUGGGCGGCUCAGGCAAGACCACACUGGCUCAGCUUCUGUAUAACGAUCCCAGAGUGAAGGGACACUUUGCCUUGACAGCAUGGGUUUGCGUUUCGGAGGAGUUUCUUCUUGUCAGGGUAACCAAAUUAAUUCUUGAGGAAAUCGGAUGUGCAACCCAUACUGAUAUGCAAAGCGAAAACCUAGAUUUGCUUCAGCUUAAACUGAAAGGGAGCCUUGGUGACAAGAAAUUUCUACUCGUUCUCGACGAUGUUUGGGAGAAAGGUUGUAGCGAAUGGGAUCGGCUACGAAUUCCGCUCCUAGCUGCUGGGAAAGGAAGCAAGGUUGUUGUGACUACUCGCAAUACAAAAGUGGCAGCAGUCAUGCAGGCUGUUCAUCCUCAUUAUCUUCUGGGAGAGUUAUCCGCUGAAGAUUGCUGGUCCUUAUUUAAAAAACUUGCAUUUGAAAAUGGAGACUCCACAGCAUUUCCUCAGCUAGCAUCAAUUGGCAGAAAGAUUGUGGCCAAGUGCCAAGGAUUACCUUUAGCGGUAAAAGCACUGGGGAGUCUCUUGUAUUCUAAAGUUGAAAAAGGGGAAUGGGAAGAAAUUUUGGAAAGUGAAAUAUGGGGCUGGCAAAAUCUUGAAAUUCUUCCAUCGUUGAUACUGAGUUACCUGUGAGUCUCUCUCAUUAUCAUUCUCAUUAGCUGUCUUCCCGAGUUUGACUCAUCUCCGAAUCGUAAAUCUUGAAGGGCUUGAAGUCCUCACAAUUUCGAUUUCAGAGGGGGAUCCCGCAUCUCUUAAUUAUUUGAAAAUCGAAGGGUGUCCUAAUCUUGUGUAUAUUGAAUUACCCGCUCUUGACUCAGCCUGUUAUAAGAUCAGUGAAUGCUUGAAGCUCAAGUUGCUGGCGCACACACCAUCCUUGCGUAAAUUAGAGUUACGAGAUUGCCCAGAGUUAUUGUUCCGUGGUUUGCCCUCCAACCUCUGUGAACUUAAAAUUCGGAAUUGCAAUAAACUCACACCCGAAGUGGACUGGGGUUUGCAAAGAAUGGCCUCUCUUACACAUCUCGAAAUCGUUGGUGGAUGCGAAGACGUGGAGUCAUUUCCCAAGGACUGCCUACUGCCCUCCGGUCUUACCUCUCUUCGAAUUAUAAAGUUUCCAAAACUCAAGUCUUUGGACAGCAAGGGCCUUCAACGGCUUACCUCUCUCACAACAUUAUACAUCGGCGGCUGCCCUGAGCUCCAAUUUUUUGCAGAAGAGUGGUUUCAACAUUUUCCUUCCCUUGUGGAAUUAAACAUCUCAGACUGCGAUAAGCUCCAGUCCUUGACAGGCUCAGUUUUUCAGCAUCUUACCUCUCUUCAAAUGUUAACCAUCCGCAUGUGCCCUGGACUCCAGGUCCUCUCUGGUCUUCAGCACCUUACCUCCCUCAUAGAACUAAAAAUCUCGGGCUGCCCAGGGCUCCAAUCCUUGACACAAGCGGGUCUUCAACACCUCACCUCUCUUGAAACAUUACGUAUCUGGGACUGCCCUAAGCUCCAAUACUUGACAAAAGAGAGACUGCCAGACUCCCUCUGUUGUCUUAGGGUCAACAACUGCCCAUUGCUAGAACAACGGUGCCAAUUUGAGAAAGGCCAAGAAUGGUGUUAUAUAGCUCACAUUCCACAAGUAGAGAUCAAUGAUGUACUAAUGUAACCAAGUUGGUGCUACAAUAAUGUACAGUCAGCUUCAAGCCUGAAGUAAAUAUAUGAAGAGUAGAGAGGAGGAUUGACACUUCUGAUUUGGCAGUAUUCCCAAAACCAAGUGAACCACUGCCUUGUUCAUCUGAAGAUUCUCUGAAAUUGGAGACCUGGAACAGGGGAAGAUUGAUCCCAGGUAGAUUACAUUUCAAGCAUACGACCAAAUCUCAUAUUUCCGGCAGAACUGUUCCGCUUAUCUUUCAGCAGAAAGAGUCUUGCUAUCAUGGUGCUGAAGCAUACCCAUUCAUCUUUGCAGGAAUAGAGUUUAAAAGGUUGUCAAGAAUUGUUGUUUCAAAGAGAGGGUUUUCUUGAAAAAUUUGCCUGCAGAGCGCUUGCUUUAAGCUCUCUUGAAGAAUUAAGAAUCUCCAACUUCCCUAAGCUUCAACUACUUGACAGAUGUGCCCUUUUCUGAAACAUCAAUGACAAUUUACAAACGGGCAGGUCCUAUUCUAAUGAAGGUUAGAGUGGCCUGUGCUUCACUCUCAUUAUGGUACUACUUGUUGCUUCUUAUUGGGGCCACUUCUUUACAUAUAUUCUUCCAAGAUGGAUCAAUAUUACAAUGUAUAGAUGUUCAACAUCUCAAAAGAGACACAGAGGAAACCAAUGAGAUCUGUAAUUGCAAGAAUCUCCCACAAGUUGUAAGAGAGGCCUGGCUUUCUAAUGACAAUGAUUGCAGACCAAUUUACAAUCAGCUCUCUUUUGGGUAUGUAACUAACAACAAAGUCUCGUACACUACCUUCUUCAUCAUAAGUGAGGUUUUUCUAAAACAACUUCUGAUUACUAGCUCUUAAAGAGAUGCCUCUUUCAGGCAUGGGGGGAUGCUUCACAUAUAUGUUUUUUCACCUUUUUCUUAGACAGGAAGAAAUUUGAAAACUCCUUAUGAGAACAUGAUCUUGAUAUGAUGAAGAAAACCAGAUGGAAAGUGGAGUUGAUGAAGAUUUUGUUGUUUCAGUGCUUGUGAAACACUAUGCUAUAUUACUAGUACUGAGGAUGCUCUGUUUUGAUUUGGAAGUCUGCACUUAUUAGUUCCUGUAACAAUAGGCCUUGGAGACAUUGCUUAUUCUCCGCCAAACAUGAGAACCACUAACAAACGGCCUUGAUUACAACAAGAAAUUCAGUACAUGUUCUAGUGUUGUGGACAUGAUGAUUUAGGUCACUCAUGGAUCCAUUCCCGAUUGAGAUAAUUGUGGAAUUCACAAUCUUCUUGUGCUUCUUGCUGGUGGAAUUUGGAUUGCCAUGCCCGUAGUCCUUUCAAUGACUAAGUCUAUUGGUUCAAUGACACCUACAAAUGUCAUAUGCUCGAUAACUUACAAGCAAAGUGCUCUGUUUGUUUGAUUUAAAAAAAAAAAAAAAUUCUUGAGCUAGAUGUUUGGAAGUUGGAACAAGCAUACAGAGAUGAGCAAUGGAAGAUUAACCCCAGGUGGCCGACGUUCUGAACAAUUUGAGAAGCCAACCAAGGUUUUCUAAGAUUUGUUUCGAUUUUACUUCCAAAAUGGACUAGGUGAUUCCUGGAUUUAUCAGUCUAUUUCUCUUGUAGAGACAGAGGAAGUCAGUGAGAUCUAUAAUUGCAAGAAUCUCAGGUAUAAGCACUGGCCGUCCACCUCCCCUCUCCUAUCUUCGUAUCAAGAACUGUGCAUGGCUCAUGUCCCACAAGUUGUAAGAGAGGUUUGACUUUCUAAUGACAAGGAUUGCACACCAAUUUACAAUCAGCUCUCUCUGCUCUGUUUUCCAUGAGCAAAAGCAUUGAGAACCACUGCUGAUUAUUGGUACUAGGAGGCAUGAAUCUCUUUCAGGCAUGAGAUGGGUGCAGAACUUGCUCUACUUUGUUUUAUUUGAGAUUUAUUCUGAAACUAUGAAUCUGGAUCAAAGAUGGAAGAAGAGCAGGGAAGAUUGGCUUGUGGUAGCUAUUGUUCUAAGAAUACUUAUUCAAUUAACAAGGUUUAUACUGCCAUUUGUCAUAUUUCUAAGACUUAUUUUGUGAAUCUUGAGAGGGCUUUUUUCCCUUUAACUAUUUCUCUUAUAUUGCUUCGAUUCUUUCUGGAUGCAACUCUCUUUCCAGUGUUCCAAAGCAGGUGCACCAAGCAGCCCUAUAGAUUCGUUUACUUGUUUAGCAUUCUUUGCAUAUAUAUAUAUAUAUAUAUAUAUAUAUACACUUAUGGCCAUUUCUU